AUGAAGGGCCUGGGCAAAGCUGCCAAGAGGCAUCCCAUCCCCAACGCCUGCUGCGUGCACUAUGCCAACAACGGCGGGGCGGCCUGCAGGGCCUGCAAGAAGGGGAUUGCGGAGAAAGAGCUGCGCUUUGGCUGCGAUGCCCACGAUGGGGACUGGCACAGCUACCACUGGCACCACUGGGGCUGCGUCACGGAUGAGCUGCUGCGCAAGGUGGGAGGCAAGGAGAGGCUGUGGAAGGUGCAGAGGCUGGACCCCAAGGACAAGCAGAUGAUUGAGCAGCGCUUUGAGAGGUUGAAGUGA